AUUCGGCAAAUGCUUCUAUGGGAAGUGUGGCAAAUUGCGAUUCUGCUUAUGCGUCAGCAAUGGCACUCGAUAAUCAAACUAUAAAUACGUCCGGCGUGUACAGCGAGCGCGAAUUCGAAUACAGUCCAGAAACUGCGGAAGAGACACCACAAAGCUUCAAUGCAAACUUCAUUCAAUCUUUGGUGGAACGUGUUUCUGUCGGAAGCGAUUUGAUUGACUUUGCUGUCCCUGAGAAGCCAGCACCUUAUAUUCCUUUCCCUGGAAAGAGAAACAUAAGGGCAAAGUGGGCUAAAUCUACGAAUGCAUCGAAUUUGCAGGAGCAGGAGGAUCUGGCAAAAAGUGCAGCCUGCCUUGCAGACUAUGGAAGAAGUGCACGUUUGCCGUACGCGCCGACUUUGGUUUCCAAAGCUCAGUCCGUUCCCGAAUUGCCAACAACGAUGAUGAACAGUAACGGCUGCGAACUAGGCCAUGGAAAAACUAUGGCAAAUGUUUCUACGGGAAGUGCGGUAAACUGCGAUUCUGCUUACGUGUCAACAACGGAUGUCGAUUUGAAAGAUGCCAAUUCGCUUUCCUCAAGUAACGGGAGCAGUGAAACGGACAGCACGUCAUCUUCGUCGACUGAGGAACAAGAAUGCGAGGAGGGAACAGAGGAAAAGCGCCCAACAUUUGUUGCUAAAUACAAAAAAAAUUCGCUUUCCAGUACGGCUCCUUUGGUUCCGCCCGACACGUCGACGAAAACUGCCAAGAAAAGCAAAAAACAAAUCGGUGACUUCUACCAACAACUCGUGACCGUGCUGACGGUGAUCGGGAACAUAACUAAUGACAUGGGAUAUCUAGGUGAAAAUAUGAUUCGUCUUCAACUGAACAAUAUUGAGGAAUUCGGACCUCGAUUUUCUCCUGGCACCAAGAUCAAGAGUGUUUACAAAGCUAUUAAACACGUGGUCGAAAGAACGGGAAUCAAACGCGCAGACAUUACAGCCGAAUGCAUCAAGAUCAGAGACGCGCUCAAUCCGAACGAUAGCGACACCGAACGCGUAACGGGCAUUCAAAAGGAUAUGUUGCUUUGGUUUUUGGACAAAAUGAAGACCUACAAACACACAUGCACUGCCGUGCUCGAAGAUCAUCUCAAACAAUAUCCGUGGCUGGACGCUGACGGCAGAGUGUCGCUGCAGAAUGUACGACGUUGUAUCAAACUGGUGCACAAAGACCUACGUUCGACGUUGGCGUUCCUCGCCCAAACGAUCGACUGGAACGACAUCAAAUCCUUCGGUUCAGCAAAACCAAAAGAAAACAAAAAAGGCAGAGCAUGCGGCCACGGAUGGUAUUUUCUGAUUCAUUACUCCCUUGCUAGUUAUUGCAAGGCAAUCAAUGCUUCAAAUGCCGAACAAGAAAAGCUGAUGCCAUUCCCUCCGUCGGGAGAACUAGAGCUCGACUCACGCGGCACAAUUCAAAUAGGAACGCAAGCGAUUACGAUCGAAAUCGGAGAAAUCAAAGCGUCCACGAAAGGAGUAGAGAAAGGCUAUAUCCAGCUGAAACGUUCGCUUCUCGUGUCCGCUUCGCUUUGCCAAUUCGUUUACGAGGACGCAAGUGUUCCCUUCGUUCUGAAGGGCUACAUUUUUGUGGCCAGUAAACAAAAGCAGAAACAUCACAGAAUUUUUCCGCAAGAAAAGGUGUACACACCAGCUGGAACGCUUCAUUGCCAAGUGAUACAUCCGUUCAAAUACAAAUCAGCGCAUUCGACCGAACCUUGAUCGGAUCGUUUGUUGUGAAGAAACGUGGAACCUAUUAGAAAAAGGUUACAGCCAUAUUCGUAUAUUAUCAUAAAUUAACGUGUUAAUCGCCUUAUGCCUCUUGAAAUUAUUAAUACUAAAAAUUUA